UCGUUCAAUCAGUCUGCUUGCGGCUUUUGAGGAAGACGGUGCAUUGGUGUUGUUUUUUAGAUCGCGUUUCGUUGUGAUUUGUGUUUUGUAUUGUGGUGCAUGAUGGCUUACAACGGUGGUGGUGGCGGCAAAAGACUGUGUUCAGGACUGGACCUGGAUGUUGAAAGGAGCAACGGCAACAAUUACAAUAUGGCCGGCGAGCCGCGGCGCAAGCGCGAGCUGCCGGCGCGGCCGAACCACAUACUGCUCUACACGAUCAUCAACCCGGCGUAUCCUAUCACUGUGGAUGUCGUACACACGAUCAGCACACCACACGGCCAAGUGCAGAGGAUUGUCGUCUUUAAGAAGAACGGCGUACAGGCGAUGGUUGAAUUUGAAAGUGUCGAGUCAGCGACGCGCGCGAAAGAAGCUCUCCACGGGUGCGAUAUCUACUCAGGAUGCUGUACGCUCAAGAUUGAAUAUGCUAAGCCUGAAAGAUUGAACGUGUUCAAAAAUGACCAAGACAGUUGGGACUACACAUUGUCAGAGGAGGUACAGCAGCCUCAACAACGAAGCGCGCCGCUUCUACAGUCGCCGCAGUACACGGGAGGUCGACCACAGCCUUACAAUCCAUCGAAUGCGCCCACGCAAAUGCCGCCAAGACCCUGCAGCGAGGACUCGUGCAGUCAACACAGUCAGCACUCGUGCGACCAAUCACAGAACGAUAUGGAGUUUGGUAGUGGAGGCCCCCCUCCCCCCGGCAUGAUGAAAGACAGGCAUGGACCGCCGCCGCCUCAUCACCCGCGUGACGGCCGUGGCUACGGGCCAGAGGGCUACGGCGGUGAGGGCUUCGUCCCUCCGCCCCCCAUGCACCAUCCGCCCAUGCCACCGCAGAAUCAGGGCGGUCCCCCACAGCAGGGCGCCGUGAUGAUGGUCUACGGCCUCGACCCGAGCACGGCGAACGCUGACCGGCUGUUCAACCUGUGCUGCCUGUACGGGAACGUUGUUAGGAUAAAGUUCCUAAAGACGAAAGAAGGCACCGCCAUGGUUCAAAUGGGUGACGCGGUGUCGGUAGAGCGGUGCGUGCAAAAUCUAAACAACGUCACCGUUGGAGAUUACACGUUGACGCUAGCGUUCUCAAAACAAGCGUAUCUCUCGGAAGUAAUGAACCCGUACCCGCUACCGGACAAGAGCCCCUCGUUUAAGGACUACGUGAGCAAUAAGAACAAUCGCUUCCUAACACCAGCCUCGAUACACAAGAAUCGGAUACAGCCACCGUCCAAGGUGGUACACUUCUUCAACACACCCCCCGAUGUAUCAGAGGACCAGCUGCUGAGCGUGUUCGCAGACUACGGAGUCGCGCCUCCACACACCAUCUCUAAAUUCCCGCUUAAGAGCGAGAGAUCAUCGUCGGGUCUGAUGGAGUUCCAGAACAUCUCGCAGUCGGUGAUGGCCAUCAUGGCGUGCAACCACGCGACCAUACAGCAUCCAGGCGCGAAAUUCCCGUUCGUGAUGAAGCUAUGCUUCUCGUCCUCGCGGCAGAUCGGGCAGGGCAAGGGGCAGGGCGGGGGCAAGGGCCGCGACGGCAGCCAGGGCCCCGCGCAGGGCCCCGACCAGGGCCCGCACCAGGGGCCCCGCCAGGGACACAACAAUGGCGUCGAACACGACUACUAUUAACGGCGAAGGCGGCGCACACACAAACACACAUAUCAAGACGGACGGCUACACACACACACACAGCCACCGAGUGCGGGACUUGGGUUGCCGUUUCACAAUAUUCACCCCAAAACACACAUAAAAUAUCGUUUUUUCUUUAACAAAGUUACCAACGCAAAAACUACGGGGUGAACUCAUUUUACAACGGCAACGUUAUUAUUCCUUAAUUUUUACAAUUAUUGUGAUCUAGAUCACUGCUAUAAAGACAUUAACAGAUAGUUAAUUUUAGACACAGUAACAAUUUUUUUUAUUUCAUGUUUAACACAAUCUACAUUUCCAUUUUUUAUUUUAUUUUUAUUUUUUCUCUUUUAUUUUUUAAUGUACUUGGGCGAGACGAGAGAUGCGUACGCAUUUUGUUUUGUAUAAGUAGAGGUUUAGGUUUUGUAAGCAUUAUUCCCUUAUAUGAAUUGAAUAUAAUAGUUUUUAGUUCCGUGUCGGCCAUUUUGUGAAAAAAAUGGAAUACGUGCAUCGCAAACGGCCGACAUUAUUUUUCCGUUUUGAGUGACUGUUUUAGAAAUAGUUCGACGUUUAAUUUUUAGUUGAUUAAAGAUAUUUCUGUUACAUUAUUUUUGCCCUGAUUAGCGUAAAGAAAAUAUUGUCUGUGCGUAUUUUUAUGAUAGAUUUUACUGGUUGUACACUAAUGGCAGUUGUGAAUUGUACAAGAAAUAAAGUAUAUGUUGAUUAUAAGGUAGAUACAUUUGACUUUUAUUUUUCAUUCGCUUAGAGUGUGCAUGUUUUAUUCGGUAUUGCAUGAGUUUCGUGUUCUCACUGUGUGGUGACACACUACUGCAAGCUUGUCAAUUAUGUGUGUACAAUUAACUUGUGCAAAUUAUUUGAAGGAUGCAAAACGAACGAUUGUUCACGCAAACUUGUCAAGCUUGUGGUAUCGUGUGUAACCGCCUUAAUUCGAUGUUUUUUAAGAACCAAAAGUGUCAUAAUCGUAAGUUUUAGCACUUUUUAGGCUAGUAGUAAAUAGUAAGUGUCAUGGCGAAGUCAAUUAUAUUUGAUUAGAUGGAAAUGAUGAAACAGAUUUUCUAUAAACAUAAAAUUGGCCUAUAUCGAUAAUUAUUUAAUUCUGUAACUGACCAGUGAUUUAAAUGAUAUUUUUAUAAAAAUAUAUUAUUAACUACAUAUUAUUAUUUUGAACGAAAACGUCCAUUUGUGUUUCAGAAGCAAUGAUUUGAAAUAGACACCAUAAAUUGUAAUUAACACUGGUCAAUGUUUAUUCUCAUUCUAAUAUACUAAAAAAUUUGUUCCCUUCCUUCCUUUUUUCUAUUUAUAAGAUUAGAUACUCGUAUGUGAAAUGUCUAGCAUGUCUAUAUAACUGUUUAUGGUAUGAAAUUGUCUCAUUUAACACAAAAUUUACUUUAACACUAAGUAGUGUAGCCUUGCAAACGCAAUUUAUAACUAAAUUUAAAACAUUUUUUACUUUAAAAGGAUCUACAAAAAAUAACAUAGCGUAAACAGUAUUAUAGCAAACAAUAGUCCUAUAGAAAACAAUGUUAUCAAAUAAAAUAGAUGCAUAUCUUUUUCUCUAGAAAUAUUUUCGAAAUGAAUUAAAUGUCUUAGUAUUAGCAAUUGAUGUCGUGAUAGCAUUCAAUUUUGUGUUUUAAAAUUAUGUAAAAAAAUAUAUAUUUGUGUCGCUGUUGUUUUAAUUCGUUCUAUGUAACUGAUAAUAAAAAAUUGUUUGAAAAUCAGUGAUUAUAAUAUAUUAUUGAAAUAAAUACUGUAAUCGUCAAUAACUCAAAACAAUACAUGUUCCACUAGUUUAAACGACACAUAAUACUGCACGAAACAAUGUCUGACUUACAAAAACAGCACUCUAGCAAACAUAAGAUAAUGUAACAGAUUAAUAAUUUUUAGUUUUUUCUUUCCUUAUUUCUUAGCUUAUCUUUCAUUGGUAUUAGGUAGUAGUUACAUGUUUAACAUUAAAUACAUGAAACACGAA